AGUUGUCAUAGGGGGCUUCCAUAAGAUGUAUGGUAGGGCCCCCCCAACCCAGUGGUGAGCCAUCUGGCCCACUGACACAUCAGGUUCCUACGGUUGCUAUAGCAACUGCUGUGAACCUGGCAAAAUGAUGACAGUUCGUUCCCACAUGGUGUCGGAGGCCUGGAGUCAGCAGAAUUAGGUCCUUCUUGGGGCUCCAAGGGAGAAGCUGUCCUGUGCCUUUCUUCUGGCUUCUGGUAGUGGCAGGUGACUUGGUGUUCCUUGGCUAUGGAACCCUCACUCCAGUUUCUGCCACAUGAGAUCAUCCUAUGACACGCUCCCUGAGUGUCUGUGUCCAGGUUUCCCAGCCAUAGAUUUCGGGUAUGCCUUAACCCAGUAGAACUCAUCCUGUCUUGUUUGCAUAGAUCUUACAAAUAGAGAAAGGCGUGGUCACAGUGCCAGGCGUGAGGACUGGGAUGGAGCUUAUAGGGACCAUGUGCACAGCUCAUGCACAGUGAGGAGCAGAUGGGGCUCCCCCCGCCCCGGUACAGCACUCAGUCUGUUCCCCCAGGACAGUGCAAGAAGAGGCAAGUCCAGAUUAGGGGUAGGAUGGAGGAUGUCAGACGUACACUCUGGUCUCUUGUACCCAUGACUAACACUUUCCUAGGAGUUAGGUGACCUUCAGGGAGCUAGGGACCUGCUCUAGUUGUGCCUGUGGCAGAGGAAGGGGAGGUAAGAGUUGCAGCCCCUAGAGGAGUCAGGAAAGCUGGGGGGCAGUUCAUAAUAGACUUUCCCACAAAGCCCAGAGUCUGUAAGUUGGAACAGCUUGAGGCCUCUGAAAAUGGUCCCAAUGGGCAAUGUUAGAAGGAGACUCCAGGUCCCUGUUCUCCCCUGGCCAAGAGGGAAUCCCCCAUUUCCCUUCUCUGCCUCCCCAUAAGACAUGACCCCUCCUCUACCAACCCUGAGUCAGCAAGAACUUAGAUCCUAGCCAAGCCCUUUUAACAUUCUCUUUCUCUUACUCUCUCCUUUCCUUCCCCUCCCCCUCCCUCACGUGAGUGUGUGUUUUGCCAAAAUGGUCCCACCCCUUCCCUCACCCUCCAUGGGUGUCUCUGCACUGCUUGCAUGCCCGUCUGGGGGUUGUGGAGGCCAGAAGAGGGCAUUGGAUUCUGUCAGAAACGGGCUACAAGUGGUAGGGAGCCUCCGAGGCCGUGCUAGGACUUGAGUCUGGGUCCUCUGAGCUAUCUCUCCAGUCCCGUGUGUCUCUUCCUUCCGUGCUGCCCAUCCUUCCUUCUUCCACUUUUGUUGUCCACCACACACCAGUGCUUUUCUAGAUUCCGUGGAUUCAGACGCCAACUAGACAGAUGGGCCUUGCCUCAGUGGGAUUCAACAUAGCCAAAAAACAAACAAACAAACAAAAAAACCAGUGUGGGCAAGUGCUUCAGGGCAGGGUGGGUACAUCAGAGGGGCAGUGUCCUCAGUGGGGAGGGGUGUCAGUCAACUAGGUGAUGUGACUGAACCAUGGAGGUAAGGGAAGCAGCCCUAACCGGGUGCCAUACGCAAUCAUCACCCAGGUGUGUGCUCAGGACCUGCCCAGCAAAGGCCAAACGAAGGCCUGUGUGGACCCAACAGAGCUAAGGAGGUCUGAGACCAGCCGAGUAGGAUAAGGAACUAGUCCUUGUUUUGUUUUCUUGGAAAAGUAUCUGUCGAGUGUCAGGGGCGUGACCACCUCAGGAGCAGAAUAGAAGGAAAAGCUUUUCUGUGAGAGAGAAAUGGUAACAGUCAGUGUGGGGGAGUCUGGGAGCAGGGAAGACUCCUCUGAGGUGAGGGCCCCAGAUGCUCAGGUAGGAUCAAGCGGGCUGUGUUUGAGGGCCUGGGGGGCGGGGGCGGGGCACACUGAGCAGAGUCAGUAGGGUGAGUGAGGUGAGGUCGCAGAGCGCAGGGUUUUCUGAGGGCAUGGUUAAGAGCACUAUUGGACUUUCGCAGAGGGGAACCCUGAUCAGUUGUGGGCCCUAUAAGCCCCCCAGAUGAAGACAGGACUAAGGACAAGGCAGGCAGCGGUUACCAAUGGGUACCCUCUCUUCUCAGACAACUCAGAAGAGCCAUGAGGCUGAGUCCAGUGCCCUGAUCUCUCUGAGUCUCCUGUUGGGGGCGAACCCAGGACACCUGUCCCAGCCACUGCAGGUCACCAGUUCACAGGAUCAGGAGUCAGUUCGGUCUUGCAGCCUCUUGGAGAUGGGCUCAGAGUUCCUGCCUUUCUUUCACACUCACGAGCAGCCUCUGGACAUGGAGGAACUGGCCCAGCAGUGUGAAGUCAGCCCUGGACACAAAGAUGGCUGGAGCCCCAGAGAGGGUCUGUUCCUCGGGGAGUCGGCGCCACCCAGUGGCUUCUUCCCGUACUACCGCUCUCCGGAAGAGCAUCUCCCCAGCACCACCCCUCAAGGCUGUUGGUGUCUGGGCACCAGAGACCUCUUUCCCACAGUACAGGAUGGCUGCUGCAAGUCUGCCUUGGCAGGGCCAGACCUCCUGUCUGGGUUUUCACCCUUACCAGCCUGCUGCCAUUUCCUGGGAGGGGUCAUGUGUGACGGCAGCCAGGAUCUGCCUCUCUCCGGGGACCAUGCUCUUGGUGCUUCCGGAUUUGUACCAUAUUACAGAAGCCCGGAAGAAAGCCUUCACACCAGCCCGGAGCCUCCUUCCCCAGUGCUAGACGGCUUGAGCGAGUGACCUCAACCUGGGGCUGCCAGCCUGUGGAGGUGCCGCAGUGAAAGCAGCAGGGACUUCUGGGAAUGAACCUGCCAGUCGGUGAGGGACAAAGAGAACUGGAGAGGAGGACCCCACAAGUCAGUCCAUUUUCUCUGGGACCAGAGGUGGCCUGGUGCCCAGCCCUCAGACCUUUACUGUUUCUCCUCCUGAGGUGGGAAGAAGUCUUCUACUAUGAGAUCACAGUGAGGGGGGAAUCCUCUCUUUUUGUCACAGAGGUCCACAGGAAGAACCCACCCUUCUCCGCACAUAACUUUUCAGUGCCCAAUGACCUGAUCUUCCACUCUGGUGUCUCCCUCCAUGGGUCUGGGCUUGCCUUUCUCAUUGCAACAGAAGGGAGAGGCCUGUGCCACCCAGUGCCACCCGGGGCUGCUCCCAAAAAUCAACCAUCCUACCCCAUCUCUCCUACUUCAUUCUCCUGGGUGGGAAAUCUGUCUGAUGAGGUGUGGGGGUGGGUAUCACAAAAGUGGCUGCAGAGGGCUUCCUCCUGUGUCCCCCAUUUGAAUCGCAUCUUUCCUUCUGUAGCUUGUCACAAGCCUGGACACAGGGAGCAGGGGCCUCCUGGACAACUUGGAGGUACACACUCCCAAAGCUGGCUUUGUAAAUAAAUCCUGUUGGCAUGGGUGCCUUACA